GAGGAAUCGAGGAUAGGAUUAUCGCUAUCGCACACGGUGCCACCCCGAGCAGAAAUAUCUGAAGACUAUUUGAAAUCAGUGAAGGCUUGUUACAUGUUAAUGUAUCAAGCAAUUUAAUGGAAAAGUUGCUUUGAAAUGCCAAUCGGUUAAUCUGUGUCAAAGGUUGUGACCUGAUCUCGUUUCCCAAAGUUUGACAAUAAAAAGAUCGAGACCUUACGUAAGUAGCCACAUUAAAUAUUACUACCGAGCGAAACGUGUCCGAAAGUAUUUUGUGAAUCAAGUUAAAAUUUCACACACAAUUAACGCCAAAUAUAAUGAUUUGGUUGUUUCUUAUAUCUGCAAUAUACCCAACUUUUGCUCAAUUAUCGAAUGACCCAAAUCAACUUCAAAAUUGGUGUUUGGAUGCCAAACAUCACAAAAGUAAGCCAGGGCCAGAGGAUGAACUUCAUAAGCAAUGUGUGCCUUGGAAAGAAAGGGCAUGCUGUACUGCAAACACUACUAGACACCUCCAUGUUGCAAAUUUGUACAAAUUUAAUUAUAACCAUUGCAGUGAACAUAGAAAUAUGUCUGAAUCUUGUCGUAGACAUUUUAUGCAAGAUGAGUGUUUUUAUGAGUGUUCACCAAACAUUGGUCCAUGGGUUGUCAAGGUUUCUAUGAAAAUUAGAAAUGAGCGAUUCUUUGAAGUUCCUUUGUGUGCAAGUGAUUGUAAUGCUUGGUUUGAUGCUUGCAAAGAUGAUUUCACGUGCAGUGAAAAGUGGACUGACCUGAUUGUUAAAGAUGGACAUCUUACUCCAUGCCAUAAUCAAAAUGAAUGUAAAACAUUUGCAGAUGUGUUUAAAACUUCCAAAAACUUUUGUGAAAAGAUAUGGGAUCACUCCUGGAAAUAUACUGAAGAUACAGAUCCGUGCAUGCGGAUUUGGUUUGAUGGAAGUAAAGGUAACCCCAAUGACAGGAUUGCACAGUAUUAUAUACAAACAUUACUGGGAAACGAUGCAGUUUCAAAUAAAUUGUUUGAUUGGCUCACUAUAACUGUGCUAUAUCUCGUUGCAAAUGUAUUAAUUUAGAAUUUGAUGAAACAUAUUAGUAUUUUAAAAUGUAGUUUAGAAGGCAAGGAAUUGCUUCGUUAUUCCAGCAAAACCGUCCAUAGCUUACUGCUCAGUUAAAAUGCAAAUAAGACCUAGUACACAGUUGAAUAGAAUGUUCAAAUACUUUAAUACUCCAAAUCAUGAAUGUUAAAAUACUUUUUUGAAGAUUGUUAUUCUAUUUUUUUUAUAGCACUGUUUGUACAUUAUCAAAUUUUGACAAAUUAAAUAUUUGUUUUCUAAACUUGCUUCAUUUCUUGACCUAAAUCCUGAAACAAUUUUUAGGAAACUAUUUGCAGUUACAAAUGGCAACGAUGUUGGCGUGUAGUUGCUGUACAAGAAAACCAAAACUGAAAAUUCUAAGCGAAUGCUUGUCCCAGAACUUGUAAUAUAUGCCACUUACUCCACUCAUUGGCUCUAGUGCUUGCCAAUUAGCUGUAGUGGGUGGGGAAAACUAUUCAGUAUGGUAAUUUUUGUAAAUACAAAGCUAACACCAAAGUGACUAAAAUAAACAAUUUCUAUUUUUUAAAGGGUUUGCUAAUGGAUUAAAUUGAUAUGCAUAAGUACAGAGACCCU